CAGCGUUCGCUUAGACCUAAGUCAGUGUCCACGACGCGCUCUGGACUACUGAUUUGUACUUUGCGGCUGUAGUCGCUUUUAACAUGGCCCAAGUUGCAUGGAUGUUUUGUCUGUUUAUUCGAUUAUUUUCAGCGUUUCCAUUCACACAAGUGUUUACAUACGCUGAUUUUAAUGUCGACAGAAGAGCUGGGCAAGUGCAUGAAACUUACCAAUUUGCGGAGCGUCACCUCCCGGGCAAUGCACCGAUGCGUGAGGUGAUAAGGCCACGGAUAGGUGAAGACGAUGCCCUAGUUGGCUCGCGGUCCAUACAAGUACCAUACUAUUUCCUUCCGAUGUUCCAGCACUCGGCGGUUCCUCUCGUCAAUAGGAACGUGUUCAAACCGGUUGUCGGGAAAAUACAGUUACCUACUACGUUAACCAACAUCUUACUCCCGCAGCAAAAUAGUCCAGAACUCAACAACUUCUAUCCCGUGCGUAAUCCGCGUGGAGUGGAGGUAUGGUGUGGUUACAACCAUAUCUCUGUGCGCGUCAACAGAGGUAUGCUUGGGUUUAGGUGCCUGGCCUCAGUGUUCUUCCUGGGCACUUGCCCUGUCACCCGAGUCACCCCGUUUUUAUUUUACUUCCACUAUAACCUUAACGACUGCGGCAGUACUCAAACGACCGUAAAUGGACAACUGGUGUACUCCAACUCACUUUAUUAUUCUCCAUUAUCGGAAGGGUCAGUGAUUAGAGCCAUACCUCUCAGCCUCCCCGUUCAGUGCAUUUAUAACAGAUUCCACUACUCCUACAAAGUAGGCUAUGUACCGGAGGUGCACGAACAAACUUUUUUGAAGAGUAUGAAGAGCAAACGCAGCUUUCGUCUCUCUGCAUGCAACGCGGAAUGGAAGCAUUUAUCGUCAGAGGAGAGCUACAUGCUUGGGGAGCAAAUGUACUUCGAAGCCUAUGCUGCUUUUGUCCCUCAAAGUCAGAGGGUGUUUGUUGAUUCCUGCUUUAUUACGCCGUUCAAGGAACCAAAUACCAUACCACGCUUUGAAGUCAUUCACAACUUUGGAUGUAUGGUGGACAGCAAGAGAGAAGGCAGUCGGUCCCAGUUCUUUUCCAGAGAGGAAAAUUUCCUGCUUUUCACUGUGGAUGCUUUCCUGUUCCCUCAAAUCACUGACAAGCAACUCUACCUUCACUGUAAUAUUACUGUUGGAAAAUCAAUUCCUAAGAGGAGUGCCAAGUCCUGUACCUACAAUAGAGCAUUGCAAAGGUGGGAAGAGCUGUAUGGUUCAUCCUCGGUGUGCUCCUGUUGCGAUUCAGUCUGUGAGGUGUCAGAGUUUUGGCCAGCCUUGAUGUCUCCUUCAGUGAAAAGCCUCAUCACCAGUGAAGCAUGGAAAGUGUUGGACAAGACUGUGCACUUUCAGGCUGAGGUACUGCCAGAAAAUGAGGUCAGGGUAGAGGAAAUUAAGACAUUUAAAUCCUUGGCAGUCACUUCUGGAGAGGUGUUGAAGUCAGAAGUCACUCCUUGGAAGGAAGACAAAAACACAGUCACACUUAUGGAUAAGGUAGAGGUCAAGCUUAAACGUUUGGAGGACAUUUCUAGCCAGGACAGGGAGAAAGACAGGAAGUUAGAAAACAUGGGAGUGACAACCAAGGUAGAAGAGAGAAAUUUGCAAAGCUUGGAAGGAAUACCAAAAAUGCGUGUAGUAGAGGAAACGCAAAAAGAGUCAGCUUUAGUAGUGACAGAGGGUAUUGUUGACAGGAAAGUGUCUGUGGAGGCAACGGUUAAGGACAAACCGGCUGAGAAGAAAGUGGUUAUGGUUGAAAAAGGCACGAACCAAGUGACUGAAAGUGUACUGGAGGGACCGGAGUUUAAUGAAGCUCUGCCAGAGGGCAUGGAUAUUACUCUUUCUCAGAACACAGUGAUGCUUAAGGUAGUUCAGCAGAACAUGUCUGGUGAAUUGGGUGUUGCCUCUAUAAAAGCUGAGGUGUUAGAGAAAAUGAAGGUCAUUGGUGGACAGUGGUCAGAGGUUGAGGGAGUAGGGUUUGGACUGAUGCCUUUGAAGGAUGAAGACGCAGCCUUUCUUCAAGGAUCCAUGGAACCUGCAGAGUGGAAAAAGGACUACCAAGGACCAGACUUAAAAUGGAAAACAUCCACAAAGGAUAUGCUUGCUGUGCUGGAAAUGUCUGUCCCAACUGGAAACACUGGUGUCAAUUAAAAAUGUACCCAGAAAA